GACGUGGGGACGUGCCGAUUGCAAUUCCUCCAGGGUGCAAGGCGACCGCCUCGCGUGUCCGCGUCAUCUGCCUGCGUGCUCUUCUUUUGUUUCUUCGUCCCUUUGGCUGAGCCAAGGUUACUUGUUCUGUCCUGCAUGUCUGCUGCUUUGUGCCCCCUAGCCCUCUUCCCAAUGUCUCCCUUCUCAGUCCAUCGUUCGUACCUUUCUGCCUUUCUCCAUGCAGCCUUCAUUCUCUCCUUCGCCGCCGGCGUGCUUGCCGACCUGAACAACGAAACCUCUCCUGUUUACCAGUUCUAUUCGCGACCUGAGCUCCAGGCGCCCAUCUUACAUUUCGACGUCUUGUGGUCCGACUUCCUUUCUCCGGGCUACAUUUUUCUCGCUCCUUAUCGCAACGCCGACCCAGGACCGUACAUUUAUGAUAAUCAUGGGGAGCUUGUUUGGUCCGGAGCUGGUCUCAUGGGCCCGCAAGUGGGACAAGCACCUCGAGUUUGUGACUACCAAGGUGCGGACCACUUGUGCUUCUACCAGGGAAUGCAGUAUCAGGGAUUCGCGAGGGGCCACGGCAUCAUCAUGGACAAUCAGUACAAGAUCGUCAAGGCCGUCGAGAGUGGAGGAUCGACAGCGGUGGCUGACAUGCACGAGUUCCGUGUGCUUCCCGGAGGAAAGACCGCUGUCAUGACGGUCUACCAGACACGACAGUACGAUUUGGCGCCGUUCGGAAUAGACCGAGGCAUGGGAUGGAUCGUCGACAGUAUGUUCCAAGAGGUGGAUGUUGAGACGGGCAAGGUCCUGUUCGAAUGGCGCAGUCUGGACCAUCUCUCCCCCAGCUUCAGCUAUACCCAGGCUGGCACCACAGACACCAGCGGGCAUGGAAGAACCGCAAUGUCCCCAUGGGACUAUUUCCACAUCAACUCUAUCGACAAGAACGCCGAAGGUGAUUAUCUCAUCUCCGCGCGUCACAUGGCGGCCAUCUACAAAAUAUCCGGCGAAGACGGCCAUGUGAUUUGGGAGCUCAAUGGCGCCAAUCCGACCUUCCACAACAUUGACCUCCACUUCUCAAGCCAGCACCAUGCUAGAUGGAAGAAGGAAAAUAGCACGCACACGGUGCUCACGCUUUUCGACAAUGCGAGCAACGGUUUCAACAUUACUAACCCGUCGUCGCGGGGAAUGGAGGUGGCUAUUAAUCACGUUGCGCGGACGGCUGUCAUGACGAAGGAGUGGGUGGCUCCAGAUGGCGUCUUAGCGGCCUCGCAAGGCAACCUCCAGACUUUGAAGGACGGUCAUGUUAUGGUGGGUUGGGGCGAUCACCCAUUCUUUUCUGAGCAUCUGCCGACUGGCGAAGCGGUCAUGUAUGGCAAGAUUGCCGCGCCGGAAUCUGGGGUCAUGAACUACCGUGCGUACAAGUAUGAGUGGUCAGCUACGCCAGCCGAUAACCCCUCACUCUGGACUUUCUCACGAACCGGUACGAGCGUGGCAGGCAUGGCGUUCUACGUUUCGUGGAACGGUGCAACAGAGGUGCGGUCUUGGAAGUUUUACGCAAGCAACACGGCAGAUGGGCCAUGGGAAUUUGUGGGCAACGCGACGAAGACUGGAUUCGAGACACGGCUCCGCAUUGCCAGCGUGCGAUUAUUCGCCUUUGCAGAAGCUCUGGAUAAAGACGGCAACGCCAUCCGGCGAUCAUCAGUCACCAAGACAUUUGUGCCGUCGGCUGGACUCAUGCCGGCCUGCGACGACUGGGGUUGCCAGAGGCAUCCGGACCUAGCCGAGGGCGAGGUGGUCGAGGCCAGGCCGCCGCAGGUGGCCAAUGGAGGGGCCAAUUGGAACACGGGUCUGAACAGCAGCAAGUACUACACGGGACUGCCCAAGUCAGUGGGGUCGUUUGUGGUGCGCAUCGCUGGACCGGGGUCGGUGGCGCUGGCGCUCCUGGGCCUGUUGUCGCUGUGCCUCUGGAAGCGGCGAGCGAUGCGGAGCGUGUCGGGGUGGCAGCGGUCGCUGCAGGAAGUGCUAGGAACGGGUAAUAGUGGCAAGUACGCGCGCGUGGAUGAUGCCGAGGCGGCGCGGACUUAAGGGCCGUGAGCAUGGCAUGGAUAAUAAAAACCCAUAUAGAUGGGUAGAGGAUUAAGGAACAAAAAAAAAAGAAUAAGACGAUCGCACCGCG